AUGGAAAAGGGGGUUGAAGCAUUCAAACGCUUAUCAAAAAACAAAGCACUUUAUCGGUUACUUUAUGACGUCUGCGUUGUGACGUUUAUUACUGUUGUGACGUCAGAACACAUGAUCACACACUCUUACUCAUUUGGGAGAAUGUGCAGAUUCUGGACGAUGUGGAGUUGUUGGUCGUGCCUUCUUUAUUUCUUUGUUGCGUUCUGUAAACAGGUUGCUUUGUUGUUGUUCCCAGUAGUUAAGAAAACACCACGUUCGAUGGUCAUGAGCGUUUUGGUCGACGCAGUCCAACAAACGGCUGUUGUGCUCUGUUUGUGCGUCACUGGAAUGUUUUGGUAUUUGUAUUUCAAGUCACCGUCUGCCGUCUUUAGAGUCGACGACGGAUGGCAGCCAAGUCUGAUGGAAGAAUUAUUCGUCACACACUUUGAGCACUCGUUCCCACUUCUCUUUUUGUUGGUCGACUGCUUUGUAUUCGCGCAGGGGAAUAAGAGAGUUGUGUUGCACUACAAAGCAUCAAAGUACAUUCCACUCUGUGCGUUUUGCUCUUAUUCUGCUUUAGCUCUUCAUGAUUUCUUCAGAUAUCAAAUCAGACCAUACCCAUUUAUGGACAAAUGGAAUUUGACACCCAUUCUGCUGAUGCUCAUUGCUGUAGCAUCACUCAUCCAAUUUGUUUUGAAUCCCGUUGCGUAUUACAUUAGAAAAAGCCUCUUUUAG